ACUCCGCCGUGCGUCAUGGCUCUGUCGGUGCCCGGCUACUCGCCCAGUUUCAAAAGGCCGCCCGAGACACUGCGGCUCCGACGGAAAAGGGGUCGGAGCCUCGGCACCGCCUCGGCGCCCGCGGAGCGACCCGAGCCGGCGACCCGCCGUGCCGCCCGCGCGGCCGGGCUGCCCCUCCGCCCGUUCCCGGCGGCGGACAGAGGCGGCGGCGGCCCGGCCGGGGCCCGAAGGAACCCCUUCGCCCGCCUGGACAACCGGCCGCGGGCCGCCGCUGAACCUCUCGAGGGCCCGCCCCGCGGCCAGCAGGAGGCGCCGGGCCCGUUUUUAGAUUCUAAUCAAGAAAAUGAUUUGCUCUGGGAAGAGAAGGUUCCUGAAAGAACACCCAUUACAGAAUUACACCAGACUCCUCAUGUAUCAUUCUCCGAAUCUGAUAUUCCACCCUCAGAAAGUACUGAGUUACCUGUGGACUGGAGCAUUAAAACACGACUCCUUUUCACCUCUUCUCAACCCUUUACCUGGGCAGAUCAUCUGAAAGCCCAGGAAGAGGCUCAAGGUAUCAUCCAGCAUUGCAGGGCAACAGAAGUUACUUUGCCUCAAAGUAUACAGGAUCCCAAACUCUCGGCUGAGCUCCGCUGUGCUUUCCAGCAGAGCCUCAUCUACUGGCUCCACCCUGCCUUGUCUUGGCUGCCAUUGUUCCCUCGAAUCGGAGCUGACAGAAAAAUGGCUGGAAAGACAGCUCCAUGGUUAAACGAUGAAACCCUGCAACACGUGUUAAUGAGUGACUGGUCUGUGAGCUUUACUUCUCUAUAUAACCUGCUGAAGACAAAACUUUGCCCCUAUUUCUACAUUUGUACCUAUCAAUUUACUAUCCUGUUCCGUGCAGCAGGAUUAGCAGGAGAUGAUGUAAUCACGGCUCUCAUAUCUCCUACAACUAGAGGUAUAAGAGAAGCUAUGAAAAACGAAGGUAUUGAGUUUUCUCUGCCUUUAAUAAAAGAAAAUGGCCAUGAGAAGAGGAAAGUGUCUGGAACAGGCUUGCGACACGGGGAGGAGCAAGCCGUCAGUGAUGAGGAUGAAGAAGAAAGUUUUUCCUGGCUGGAAGAGAUGGGUGUGCAAGAUAAAAUUAAAAAACCAGACGUACUUUCUAUCAAGCUGCGUAAAGAGAUACAUGAAGUACAAAUGGAUCACAGACCAGAGUCUGUUGUGUUUGUGAAGGGAAUGAAUACCUUUACACUGCUAAAUUUUUUGAUCAACUGCAAGAGUUUAAUUGCUACCUCAGGUCCACAGGCAGGACUUCCACCAACCCUCUUAUCCCCAGUAGCCUUCCGAGGUGCCACAAUGCAAAUGCUUAAGGCUCGAAGUGUCAAUGUGAAGACACAAGCUCUUUCUGGAUACAGAGAUCAGUUUAGCUUGGAGAUUACAGGCCCCAUUAUGCCUCAUUCUCUACACUAUGUGAUGAUGCUACUCCAGUCUUCACAGAAUGGGUCAUUUUCUGCAGGACUGUACACACACGAGCCAACUGCUGUAUUUAACAUCUGCCCACCAAAGGAUGAAGUACUAGAUAAGGAGGCUGUUCACGAGGAGCUUGCCAACUGUGGAUUGCACCCUAAAACUCUGGACCACCUUUGUCAAACACCGAUACUGGGGAAAUUGUCCUUACGGCAUGUGGAAAUGAGUGACUACAUUUAUAAUUGGAGAUCCUGAACACCAAAGUAAGCCUAAAAGGAAUCUGUGAGGAAAAAAGCCUUCUAGCAAGGAAAUUCAAGAUUCUUAUACCUUUGGCUUUAAAGUUCACUUUGGAAGUUAUCCAAAUGUUUACAAAUGUUUACCUUUCACAGUAACUUUUUAUUACAUGCACUAAGCAUAAAAAUAGGAUUAAGGUUUUAAAAUCAUUUUGUUUUUACUCUUUUGAUUCACUAUUCAGAUAUGAAGAUAAAACUUAUUUAAAACUUAAAUGAAAAUUCUAGAUCCAUUAAUCUAAUUAUAAACUGGGUAGAAAAAUGAGUGUUUCAUUGCAAAUGGAAAUUGAGGCUUAGUAUCAAUUAUCUUGAGACAUUGUAACAGCAUUGGGGCAAAACUAACAGUUGACUUAGGAGACAGUCAGCUUAUCUGAGCUGACUGAUGGUGCUUCCACCUUAGUUGUUUUCCUGCCUGUUUAUGAUUCCUCUGUUCUCAAAUACUUGUUUUAAUGCAUAUUCAUUCCAAUUAGGGUAUUUUGUAUUCGUAUAGAAUAGGGUCAAGGGUUGUAAAGUUUGCUCAGCUGUCAUGACAAAGCAGUAUUUAAUAUGUUCUUGUAGGUUAUUUGUGUGUCUGCGUGUAUAUAUAUACAUAUAUAAUUCAAAUUUUCUUAAAUAAAAGUGCUUAGAAAUCAAAAGCAUUGGGUAAAGAAGUAACAUUAGAGAAGAAUUAUGUGUUCACUUUGUAAUCCAGAA